AACUCCAUGCAGUCACCCUUACCCUUAUAUAUAACUCCAUAUAUAACCUUCCAACCCUCUGCAUAUUCUUCCAACAAUCAUCUCUUUCUUUCUCUAAAACUUUGAUGGCGGCUGAAAAACUGGAAGAUUACUCGGUCACAAUACCUUUACUGCUCAACCACGAAAACCGAACAAAGGCGGCCGAGCAGGAUGUAACCACCACAGCCGCCGCCACAACGACCGUCACCACAGGCACUUCUUCAUUCUUCAACACAUGUUUCAAUGGUCUCAAUGCUCUAUCAGGUGUUGGGAUUCUAUCAGUUCCAUAUGCAUUGGCAUCAGGAGGGUGGCUAAGCUUGCUACUGCUUUUCACAAUAGCCAUCUCAACGUUCUACACAGGAAUACUUAUUAAAAGAUGUAUGGAGACCGAUCCAACGAUAAGAAGUUAUCCGGACAUUGGAGAUAGAGCGUUUGGUAAAACUGGAAGGAUCAUAGUGUUAGUCACCAUGAACAUAGAGCUUUAUUUAGUUGCUACAGGUUUCUUGAUCCUAGAGGGCGAUAAUCUAAGUAACUUAUUACCAGAUAUAGACUUUGAUCUUUAUGGGAUUCAUGUUGGUAGCAAGAAAAGCUUUGUCAUUAUUGUUGCUGCCAUUAUACUCCCCACAAUUUGGCUGAAUAACAUGAGCAUUCUUUCGUAUAUAUCAGCAAGUGGUGUCCUAGCGUCUUUGAUCAUCUUAGGCUCGAUCAUGUGGGUUGGUGAGUUUGAUGGUGUCGGGUUUCAGGAAAAGGGUAGAAUGGUAAACUGGAACGGGAUGCCUUCGGCUGUGAGUUUGUAUGCCUUCUGCUAUUGUGCUCAUCCGGUUUUCCCUACUUUGUAUACUUCCAUGAAAAACCAACAUCAAUUCUCAAAGGUGCUGCUAGUGUGUUUUGUCUUCUGCACAAUUACUUACUCGUCUAUGGCAGUCGUUGGUUACCUCAUGUUUGGUUCAGAGGUAGAGUCACAGAUUACCUUAAACCUUCCAACCGACAAAAUAAGCUCAAGAGUGGCUAUAUGCACCACCUUGGUGAACCCAAUAGCUAAAUAUGCACUGAUGGUGACACCAAUUGUCCACACAAUUGAAGAAACAUUUUUAUCUUUUUACAAUACUAGAAAGUUUAGCCUCUUGAUCAGAACAGCACUCGUAAUAAGCACAGUAGUCGUAGCCUUGGCACUCCCUUUGUUUGGGUAUUUGAUGUCACUUGUGGGAGCGUUUUUAAGCGUCACAGCCUCGGUCAUAUUGCCAUCCUUAUGUUACUUGAAGAUUUCAGGCACUUAUAGGAGAUUUGGACUUGAGUUGGUACUUAUUGGAUUCAUUGUGUUCAUCGGGUUUGUCGCCGCAAUUGUAGGUACUUACACGUCGUUGGAAGAUAUAGCGAGGAAUAUAUAAAGCUAGGAGUUACUAUUUGUGAAACUGAAGAAUGAUGUUAGCAUAUAUAAUACAUCAGAGUAUUAAUUCAGCUUGAGGUUUGUAGGGUGUGUGUAAUACAGUCCAUUCAUUACCAAACGCUGGUAGCAAUUGCUGAUGGGUUAGUAGUGAAAUACUUAAAGGUACAAGUAAAGAGCAUAACAGGCAGAAUAUCUCCAAAAGUGACCAAGUUAUGGAUGAAAAUUAUUUUUCUAAAUCUUUGUUACCACUACUAAUCAGGAAUUUGCAAUUUUGUUUUGACUUUUGUGUAAAAUCAUUAGAAUAAUAAAUUGGACUGUUUUAGUUAUCA